AUGGCACAUGAAAGGAAGCCAUCCCUUGGUUUAGUAGAUUAUUCCGAUUCCGACGAUGAUGAUUCCAAAGCUGGCCCCUCUCAAUCGCAGCCACCUUCCAGCGCGAGCUUACCUCCCCUGCCGUCUAAAUUCUAUGACCUCUAUACUGCAGCUCCGAGAUUGACCAAGGAAGACGACCCGUCAGCUCAUGGCGGCCGUCAUCGUGCCAUUCCUCAUGUCGAAGGGAACUGGCCGACACACCUGUACUUUGAGUGGCACCUAACCACCCUAGAACUCGGAAAGGUUGGUCGUCUGCUCCAGGUAGCAGCAGAAGCAAUUGGGAACUAUGAAAAAUUCCAUCACACUGAAGAGUUCAAGUUGGAAUCGUUUCUGUACAGCGAUUUAGGCACCCAAUUGCCGCUGCAUAUUAGCAUGUCGCGACCGAUCGUCCUUAGAACAGAGGAACGAGAUGGAUUCGUGGCGGAAUUGGAAAAGGGAGUAGAGGCAAGUGCUGUCCAGAGCUUUGAUGUCCGAUUCACAAGCUUGGAGUGGGUCCCAAACCAAGACCGCACCCGCUGGUUCUGGGUUAUGAGAGCUACAAGUCCGAUGCUUGGUCAAUGUCGACGAACAUUGUUGUCAUCACUGCUGACGACAUGCAAUCAUGUCGUGAAAAAUCACAAUCAACCGGAACUCUACCUGACAGAUAGUCGUGGAGCCACACGUGAAGGGUUUCACGUCUCCAUUGGUUGGAGCUUGACGGAACCCUCAAAAGACCUGUGCGAGGGUAUAUUGACUGCAAUUUCGAGCAAUCGAACCGAGUUAUCCGAUUUGACGAUGAAAUGCGACACCCUGAAAGUCAAAAUAGGGAACAUUGUUCAUGCGGUGGAGUUAAAAAGGGCCUUCUGA